AUGAUGCUUCACGUAAAAUUCCAUGUCAAAUUCUAUAAUAUUUUAGAUUUAAAUUUCGAGAUUGCCUCAAGAAUAAAAGAGGAAAUUCGAAUUGCUUUGGUCCCCAAGCAAUUGGCAUCCUUUGCUCGUCAAAUUGCUGCUGGAAUGGUAGGCUGAAUUGUUUACAAUUUAUAAUAUAUAAUUUUAUGUUUAUACCUGUAUCUUACUAUAAUGUUUUUUAUCUCCAAAACCAGAAUUCAUACACGCAAAAUAUAGAACGGUAACACAUUUCCUGAAACAAUGUCAUCAUGCUUGUUGUCCGUAACGGUCCAAUACUAUAAUAUUUUAUAUAAUACCUUAUUGAAUUCUGAUCCUGUAAUAGGCUGUUUAUGGUCACGUGAUAUUGAAUAAAAAAUUCCAUUUCCCAAAAGUGCAACGGAAUACGUUCCAUUGCACUCUUUGCGAUACUAUACGUUUCAUUCCAUUGCACUCUUUGUGUUUCAUCCAUUCCAUCUUUCAUAUUCUUACCAUUGAUGAAUAAAAACAUUCAUUAUUUGUAUAACAUAUAACCUUUUAAAUAUUUUAAUACUUAUAAUAAGACUUCCGUAUUGGUCCCUGCAUGGGUCCACUCAACUAUAUAACUGCACUUAAGUCAGUCAACCAAUAAAAAUUCGGGAAAUAAUAUAUCUCUUUUAUUUUGUGUUUUAGAAACAUGUUUCAGGACUUAGUAUUGUUCACCGUGAUUUGGCAGCAAAGAACAUACUACUUGGCGAAGACAAAGUUUUAAAAAUAUCAGAUUUUGGCUUGUCACGCGAAGGAACAUACAUAAAAAGAUCUAACGGGAAAAUUCCAUUCCGAUGGCUAUCGAUUGAAGCGAUACGAGAACGAACUUAUUCUACUGCAAGUGAUGUGUGAGUGCACCAACUUAUUACUAUUUUUUAAAGCAAACAACUAUAUAAUAGUGCAAGUAUUUUUUUGUGCUAUAAUCACACUAAGUCGGCAAAAGAAUUGGAACUGCCUGAUAUGUUGUACAAGAGCAACAUUUCCCGGAAACAGAAAGGAGAUUAAUUUAAAUUAAACCAGAGAAGACUUAUUCUCGAAAACAAGACUUAUCCUCACAUUAAAAUCAGGUUGCCCCGAAACGAUACGAUCGCUUUGUACCCGGCGAGCGAGCGAUAAAAUAAACUCAUUUUUCAUAGUCUGACCGAUUGUUCACAUGCUCUGGAACGUGUGUUUUCUAGAGAAAAUACAACAUAUGUAAAUCUGAGUUAGUCCUAAUAAAAUACAAUUUUACUCGUCUGUCUUGAACAAGGAAAAUCACACUCACGCCUAAUUGUUAUGUUGAUGAAUUGUCGGUCCAUUGAAGUUAAUCAUGACAGGGCAAUAAACCUCAUAUAGCCGUAUCAAAUGGGUUGUACGGUUAGAUUUCAGACUGCACCACUCACUAUUUCGCUACUUUCUUUCCCCGACCAUGGAUCCUUCUAUUUUACACUAUGAACGAAUAAUCGUCAAACAAAAAACAUAAAUCCCAAGACAAUUCGUUCACUAGAUUCCAUCCGAAAAUUUCAGACCAUUUUAAUCCGAUCUGUACGUCACGAUCUUUCUAAUAAACGAUAAUUUCUUCCUUCUUAAUUCAAAUUCUCAUAAAAAACAUUCGUUUGAGAGUGAAUAUGUAACCACUCGUUCAAUUCAGAUGACCACAUCUAUACGUGGGCUCAGUACGAUUAGAUUAGCGAGAGCAAAGCACAAUGAAACGCUCGUGUUAUAUCCAUUCGAAAUAUUUCACGAUCGGGCGUUUCAUCCCUUUCUUUUACUGGUACGUCUAAACAGUCAAUCGUUCUGGUAUAAGCCCUCGCUACUACGGUCAGUCCGUGUAAUACAAUGUUUGAAUUACAUGAAGUAUCAGGCAUGAUAUUAUCGAAAAGAAUUUGAAAAAUCAACAUAAUUUUCAUCGUGAUGAAACCUGGAUGAAACUAUGCGAUAUAUACUGUAGGUUGAUGACAAGGUAUUUUAUAUAAACACAAUUGUAUUUUUCUGCCCCCCCCCCUGUGUUUUGGCGGGAAUUAUGUAAAUAGACAGGUGUUAUUAAUUUAGCAAGUUUUUUACAAGUAUGGAAACGCGCAAGUGUCAGGGCAAACCUAAUUUAAAAUACGCCUUUAAUAUAUAACUAUAAGCCUUAUAUUUAAACAUACACUUUUUAUUAAAUCGUAUCUAUAGACACUUCUAGUUAAUUAUUAUGACUAUAAUAAUUAACUAGAAAUUUGCCUUAAUAGAGUGACACUGGUUGCGCAGUUUUAUAUAGUAUAAUCAUACUAAUAACCUUCUUGAAAUGUAUUCAUCUUUUAAAUAUAAACUAAACAAGACACGUAGAGGGACAGCAUGCUAUAUAUUUUGAAACAAGUUACUUUCUUAUCUCCUCUUUAUUGCAAUUAGCGUAAAUUAUUGCAAUCUAGUUAUGACGCUUUACCGACGGAAAAACGGGUCGGUAAGUUUGGCGCGCUUGCAGGUGAGCCAAGUCCGUCUCUCCCCCCAAACGUUCCCGCGUUAUAGCACCUCGCACUCUCCCUCAGCUCGGACUUUAGAGAGACGGACUUGAUCCAACUUUACAGUCAGCCGGUCUAACUAAUUUCGGAAUACUUAAUUGGUGAAAUCAAACAGUCAUAUCAUUAUUUAAAAAUUGUGUCAUAAUACGUACAAACCUUUAACCAAUUUGCAUGCACUGUUUGUUUAACACCAUUCUGCUUGUUAAAUUUACUCGUUUUUUUAUACACGUUUUGUAUGCGUUUUUAUAUGCUCCGGUGCACCUAUUCAUAUAUGCGUCUCUUUCAUUUUUUUAGUUGGGCAUUUGGAGUUGUAUUGUGGGAAAUAUGCACAUUAGGUAAGAAUAUUUCCUGUCGGCUUCUCAACAGCCAUAGGGCAUCAAGCGAAUAUAGAAGCUGUCAGCUAGCAAAAUUAAUUUUUUCGAAGAACGUAUUGACUAAGAACUGAAAGAAAAACGUUUCACGGCAUAAAUUUGUGCAUCAUUGUCUUCUUUCCUCCUGUAUACUUUCAUUUGUUUAAAUUCAAGAACUUAUUCUGUGGUAUGUGCUUACCCAGAUUUGUAUAUCUUAGGGGACACUCCUUAUUCAUCAGUCGCGGACAGGGAUCUGAAGGAUUUCCUUCUUGCCGGAAAGACAUUGGAGAAAGUGGACAGCUGUGCGGACGAUAUGUAAGAUUUUCGUUAAAUGAUUCAUGUACCUAACUAGCUUCACUUUGGGAACAGCAGCUAGCUCAUGACUAUCACGCCAGGAAUAUAUAUAGAUGAUAUGCGUGCAAGCAAUGUGUUAAACACUUUGACAAAGGACCUUUGUUUCACAGCUGGCAAUUUUCAUAUUUUUAAAUUAGAAACUAAGCAUCCUGAGAGCUCGUUAUGUGCAAUUUGUAAGGGGCAGUGUAACAUGUAGAAGCAAUAACAAGAAGUAAAUAUCAAUUAGCAAACGUAAUGACCGGAAAAUAAACGGGCAUUCUACUGGGAGUGUUAUGUUUCCAUUCAGUCUCUCUGGAGUAAGUUGGACCUGUUUGUUAAUAUGUUUAAUGAAAUUUUUAUCAAAACCGUGCACGUGCAAGUGUUUGAGAGCAGAUUAGCCCAGAGAAAAUCAGUACUCUUUCGUGGCAUUAGACACCUUACGAUGUAGGACGGCAAAGGGACAACGGCCGUCAGAAUAAAGUCAUUCAAAUAAAUAAUCAAAAAUAAAGUUAUAAGACUAUUAUUAUUGUAUAAUAUUAUUGAUUGUAUGCAUUUAAUACUGUUUGAUCAGGUUGAAACAGUGAGUUUAUUGUUGGGAAAGUCAACACUAGUACAGAGUAUAACUUCGAUCUUGCAUCUUAAAAUGCAGGCGUUUUAUCAAAUAAUUAAAAAUCUGAAGUUUCCCGUUGUAUACAGACCUUGGAUGACGUCUCAAAUUUCCUUCGGAUAUUAAUUAUUCAUUUCGUGUCUUAAGUAUUAUGAAUCUCAUUGCAUUAAUAGCUGUCGUUGUCGCGUUGCCGUUGUAAGAAUUUACAUUUUUUUUAUUUUAGAUAUGAGAUAAUGCUAAAGUGUUGGAGUCAUCUUCGAAAAGACAGGCCAACAUUUACUGAACUAUCAGAUAAAUUGUGGAAUCUUGAGCAUGAAGAAAAGACCUAUGUCAAUUUAGACAGUUUAAUGCGGCAGUCUGUCCAAAGGGAAG